CGUCACAGAGGGAAGAAUCGAGAACGCAGCUUUAGAGAAAAGGACCUGUGACUUGUCUGCUUAUCAGAGGAAUCACACUUUGUCACUUUUAGGCUUUUCUCAAUUUUAUUUUGGAAUAGUUUAUGGUGUCUUUUUGCUGCGGCGUCUUUCUGUCUGUGGAAGAACUGCAUGAGUGAUCAUGUGUGACUGAAAUACAGACAGCAAAUUACUUUCAACUGGAUGUUUUUGUGACUGAGUCGGUCUGCAGGUGUAUUUUUGUGGGAGAAGAAGCUUCGUUUUCAUCAUGAAUCUGACACAGAGACUGAAACUACUGAAGCAUUUUGGCUCUCUGCCUCCAGAGCCUCCACCUCCGCUGCUGGUGGUGCCUAAACCAGGCAUGGAGGAGUUAACGAUAUGGGAGCAACACACGAUAACACUGAACAAAGAUCCCAAGUUUGGGUUUGGUUUUGCCAUAUCUGGAGGCAAGGACAAGCCUCACCCAGACACCGGGGACACAGCGGUGGUGGUUUCAGAUGUGCUGCCAAGUGGACCGGCCAUGGGACGACUGUUCAACAAAGACCAAAUUGUCAUGGUUAAUGGACAAUCUAUGGCGAAUGUGCACUCUAACUACACCAUUCAGACCCUCAAGUCAUGUGGCAAGACAGCCGACAUAACGGUGAAACGCCCUCGUACGAUCCAGAUCCCAGCAACCAACAGGCCGACCCGAGCCGCCUCCCACUCCAACCUGCUGGAUGCAGACCCUCCCAGACGAACCCGAGCAGCUUCCCAUUCCAACCUGCUGGAUGUGGACCCUCCUGGACGAACCCGAGCAGCUUCCCAUUCCAACCUGCUGGAUCCAGACCUCUCUAGACGAACACGACGUUACUCCGAUGGCAGCGACAACCGAGACGACCGCUACCGUGCUCGGAGCUCCUCACCGGGCCGUAAUGGAUACGGAAACACGCUGCCGCUGAUGUCUUCGGGGUAUAAGAAGCUGCCACGCAACGACUUCCCAGACAAACCCAUCAAAACCACUUUGGUUAAAAAGAGAAUAACGGAUGAGUAUGGACUGAAGCUGGGCAGUCAGAUCUUUAUCAAGCACAUGACAGAUACAGGUCUGGCGGCAAAAGAAGGAACGCUGCAGGAGGGAGACCUCAUUCUCAAGAUCAAUGGCAUGACGACGGAGAAUCUGUCCCUGCUGGAGACGAAGCACCUGGUGGAGAAGAGUCGAGGCAAACUGACCAUGACGGUGCUCAGGGACGACCGCAAGUUCCUGGUCAGCAUCCCCGAGGUGGAGGACAGCGCCCCCAACAGCGAGGACGACCGUCGCAGAGACAGCAGCUCAGAGCUGGAGGACAUUUCAGACAUUGAUGAUGACGUCCCAACUCACAGAGCAUCGCGUCACCCAACCAGAGAGAAACGGACCCGCAGAACGAGAGCUGAACCUCCACCACCAGCCAAGUCCAGGGAUUCCUCACCUGUUCGCUCCACUUUGACUCGGCCUCCACCAAGAACCUACGCCCCUCGCAGAGCUCCAUCCGAAUCAGAGUCCGACCACAGCGUCUCUCCUCCUCGUGUCAGGAGGAACAGUCCAGACAGAGACCCGUCCAGCAAAUACAAACCUCUGUCAGGGAUGUCCACCCUCCCCAACCCUCGAUCUUCUCCCAUCGUCCCCACCUGGAACACAUCUCGACCUACAUCCUCGGCCUCACGGCCCCGAAGGCCCGUCUCGGACUCGGACUCGGACGGCAGCGCCUCCCCGCCUCGACGCAGAGAGAGUCCUCGACCGGACAGCCGAUACAUAGUUCUUCCUGAUCUUCCUGCUGCAGGGUUGAGAUCUUCCCCGAUCCCGGUUCGCCAGGAGCCACCGAGGAGGGUCAACUCACCCGUCAGAGUCCCACCUCCAGAUUCUGAUUCGGAGUCGGACAGCGUUUCGGAGCCUCCUCACAGGCACAACACCUCCUACAGUCAGGAGUCUCUCAGCAGAUACAGAGUUCUGCCAGCUGUUUCUCUGCAGCCGACGGUGGAGCCGCCGAGGUGGAGCGAAUCUAACGAGCUGCCACCAAGAGCUCAGUCAGACUCUGAAUCAGAGGCCAGUUAUGCAUCUGUACCUCGGCAGCAGUCUACAGACAAUGGAAACUCCAACACAGCCAAAAAUAGAUACAGAGUCCUACCUGAGAAAUCCACCUCUGUCCCGGUAAAGCAGGAGCCUCCUCGCCGUGCUCCAUCUCCCGUCAGACCUCCUCCUGAUGAUUCUUCAGAUUCAGAUCAGCUUUCACAUCUCAGGAGGUCCGGAAGCUCCGAGCGUGAGGACAGCCGGCCUCGUGUUCCUCGGGCUCCUAAUGGAACCGGCACCCUCAGGUCUGGGAUUUCAGUGAAGAGCAACCCGCCAGUCUACACCAAGCCUACAGAGGAGCCCAUCUAUUCUCUACCUCCAGACUCCUACCCUUCAUCUAAUCCAGGGUACAGCUCAGAUGUUCACACAGUGUCGUUCGUUAAAGAGCGCAGCGUCGGGCUGAGGCUCGUGGGAGGAAACGAUGUUGGGAUCUUUGUAGGUGGAGUUCAGCCGAACAGUCCGGCGUAUGAGCAGGGGAUGAAGGACGGAGACCAGAUCAUGCAGGUCAAUAAAGUAGAUUUUGGUCAUUUCACGCGAGAAGAAGCUGCCAACUUUCUCCUCAACAUCAAGACAGGAGAACCAGUAGAAAUCUGCACACAGAACAAGAUGGACCUUUAUAAGAAGAUCAUCAAGUCCAACCUGGGAGACAACUUUUACAUCCGAACCCACUUUGAUCACGAGCCAGACGGCCCCAUCGGUCUGGGCUUCACCAGAGGAGAAGUGUUCAGGGUGGUGGACACGAUGCACCGCGGGAAGAUCGGCAACUGGCUGGCUAUUCGCAUGGGCAACGACCUGCACGAGAUGGACAAAGGCACCAUCCCCAACCAGGCCAGGGCUGAGAAGCUGGCCAGCCUCGAGCAGGCUCAGCGAGGGACUGGAGAGAGGCAGGUGUCUGGACCCAGAGCCGAGUUCUGGAAACUACGAGGCCUCAGAGGGAAUAAAAAGAACGAGAAGAACACCAGAAGGUCUCGUGAUGAUCUGCUGCAGCUCACCAUUCAGGGCAAAUUCCCGGCUUACGAGAGAGUCCUGCUCAGAGAAGCUAAUUUCAAACGACCCAUCGUCAUCCUGGGUCCUCUUAAUGACAUCGCCAUGGAGAAGCUGGCCAGAGAGAUGCCCGAUGAAUACGAGGUGGCAGACAUGGUUCCUCGCAGUGGAGGAGGAGACAGCGGCUCUACUGUUAUUAAACUGGACACUGUGAGGAGAAUAGCAGAGAAGGACAAGCACCCUCUGCUGGACAUCACUCCCACUGCAGUGGAGAGGCUGAACUACAUCCAGUACCACCCCAUGGUGCUGUUCUUAGACCCUCACAGCCGCAAGGACGUCAAGGCCAUGAGGCAGCGGUACAGCCCCAACUCCAACAAGAGCUCCAGACGCCUUUACUCUCAGGCCCUGAAGAUGAGGAAACACUGCAGCCACCUUUUCUCAGCUCGUGUCGACCUGCAGCCGAGCUCCAACGUCUGGUACGACACUCUAAAGGAUAAGAUUCGCCACCAGCAGUCCAAACCUGUCUGGGUGUCUGAAGUCACGCUGGAGAGCGGUGGAGAACAGGACUUGGACGCUCUGGAUCAAACCCAGUCUGACUACCUCAGCGCUGCGAGCGACCUGGAGGACACCGACGGAGAGGCGUUCACAGACGGAGAGGUGUACACCGACAACGAGGACCUGGACGAGGCUUACCCCGGUCAGGACGCGGCCAGGAUCCCGCGAAGCUCCAGGGCGGCCGGAGCUGCUUUGGCCCGAUCGUCCGAACCGGCCUUUGAGCGCGAGAGCCCCACGAUGGAGGUCGAGACUCGAUCCGACACGCACUCGCUCAGAGAAGUCCCACCUCUGAUGCACGUCCCCGAGCCCCGGACGCUGCGCCGGAACCAGUACAGCCCACCCCACAGCCCACCCCACAGCCCACCCCACAGCCCUGCAGAGGACGAAGACCCGUCCCAUCGCAGCUUUACAGACUCAGACUUCAGCGCUCUGGAUGUAGUCCCUCCCGCCACUCCGUCAGACGGACCUCCAGACUUUAUAGCUCCUGAUCCGUCCACUCGAUACUCCCUGAGCGAACCUUCGUACGCAGACGUGCAGCCAGAGAGCUCAGAACCUGCCAGUCUGUCCACCAUCGAGGAGAAACUGCAGCAGGCUCGUUCUGCAGAACCACAGGCACAAGCUGAACCAAAGAAAACCCCUCAGUUCAUCGUUUUAGCGCAUCACCACCAGGCAGUCCAGUUCAGACGGACGCAGAUCCGAGGCAGCGACAGCUCCGAGGAUGAAGACGAUGAUGAUGAAGACGAGGACAUCGAAUGGGGUCCCGCAACUGAACUGUAGACUCACACAGAGGAUUAAAGCUGCUGACAUCUGAUCUAACGAGGAAAAGAUUUCACUCCCACAAUGAACUCUUGUUUCUUGGAUUGUUUUUAAUGUCUUUUCAGAGGGCCUGGUUCAGGUAAGGAAUUGUGGAGAUGAUUCAAGAUCACUGCAACCUUUAGUGACGACUUCCAGUUUUAACAUCACACAAUUGGUUCUCGGACGAAUGUUCAGAUCAAAGUGCCUGAUUUCUUUUGAGAUUUUUUUAUUUAAAAUACCCACGUGAAACAAAUCGGUUUGCCCUUUGUUAUUGCUGUUUAUAUUGCUGCUGUAAUCUACACUAAUCAGCCUCAAUAUUAAAGCCACAUGUUUGAUUUUAUUACAAUUCAGUGUUCUGCUGAGGAACUUUGGGUCCUGGCAACUCUCACUAACAGACAACAGCACCUUCCCUCAGCAGGACAUUGCACCCCAGAUACCCCCAAAAAACCCCAAAAACUACUCAGGAAAGGCUUGAGGAACACGACAAAUAUAACUCCAAUGUGACUGAGCAUCCGUGCCAUGCUUUGGAACCAACCACAUCCACAGAGGAAGAAUCUGAGAAAAAGGUCUGGCUGCAUGAAGGGGAACUACAGAAUAUUUGCUUUUAAUGUUGUGGCUGACUACUGUACAAUUUCGUACAUGUUUUAUUAGAAAUCAUAUUAUACGAGUCUCUUCUUGUCAAUAUUUGGAUGUUGCUUUAACUUUUUCUACAUUAAAAUGUUUUUUUUCUGA